CGGUUCUCUAUCCAUGGCUGAACCUGAGGAGGAGGAUGAUGAUGAUGAUGAUGAUGAUGAUGAUGAUUGUCCACUAGGGGUCACACUGAGUUCAAACUUAUGGUGACGCAACCCUCGGCAGAGCAGAGGAAGAGACGGCAGAUACCGCACCUUCGAGCAAGGUAAAGCAUGGCAAUGACUAGCCCCAGCUCGUGCUCCUCCAUGAGUAACCACACGAAGGAGCGCGUCACUAUGGCCAAAGUGACCCUGGAGAACUUCUACAGUAACCUCAUCGCCCAGCACGAGGAGCGGGAGAUGAGGCAGCAGAAGCUGGAGAAAGUGAUGGAUCAGGAAGGCUUGGCAGAUGAAGAGAAACGUAUCCGGCGCUCUCAGCAUGCGCGGAAAGAGACCGAGUUUUUGCGACUGAAACGCACUCGACUGGGUCUAGAGGACUUUGAGUCCCUGAAGGUGAUUGGCCGUGGAGCUUUUGGAGAGGUAAACAUAUUUUACAUAAAUAUUUGUGUAUUGUGUUCUCAGGGUCACGUGAAGUUGUCAGACUUUGGGCUGUGCACCGGGCUGAAGAGAGCGCACCGCACAGAGUUCUACAAGAACCUGAACCACAGCCUGCCCAGCGCCAGCGACCUCAGUAAACAAACCUUCCAGAACAUGAACUCCAAGAGGAAAGCAGAGACGUGGAAGAGGAACAGAAGGCAGCUGGCGUUCUCCACAGUGGGAACCCCCGACUACAUCGCCCCAGAGGUCUUCAUGCAGAAUGGAUACAACAAGCUCUGUGAUUGGUGGAGCCUGGGUGUCAUCAUGUAUGAGAUGUUGAUAGGUUACCCCCCCUUCUGUUCAGAGACGCCUCAGGAGACGUACAGGAAAGUGAUGAACUGGAGAGAGACGCUAACUUUUCCUCCAGAAGUGCCUAUAUCAGAGAAGGCCAAAGAUCUGAUCCUCAGGUUCUGCUGUGAGGAGGAGCACAGGAUCGGUGCUGUGGGGGUGGAGGACAUCAAGUCCAACCCCUUCUUUGAGGGGGUGGACUACGACCAUAUCAGAGAGAGACCUGCUGCCAUCCCCAUCGAGAUCAAAAGCAUCGACGACACCUCCAACUUUGAUGAGUUCCCUGAUUCAGAUAUCCUCACCCCAACAGUCGCUCCGGUGUCCAACCAGACGGAGGCCGACCUGAAGAACAAGGACUGGGUCUUCAUCAACUACACCUACAAACGCUUCGAAGGCCUGACCGCCCGAGGGGCUAUCCCGUCCUACAUGAAGUCAGGGAAGAGAUGAAGGCCUCCAGCAGGCUGCAGACCCACACCACCACGGAACCUGAAAGAGUCCCCCCCCCUCUGCUGUGAGAGGAGCUUCGGCCCUGGAGGGAGAACUCUGUUUUCUGUUACCUGACUGAGGAGUCCCAGCACUCUGCGAAUAAUAAAGGGGCUCCGUUUCAUCCGCUGCUUUGCAGGAGCCGCCGCCUUCCUUUCCGCAGGUCUUCACCUUCUCCGAUGCUUCCGAGGGCACCUUCCGCUUCCUGCCCACGCGUGAAGACUGAACUGCCGUACAGCGACUCUCUCCACCAGUGGAUGCAGUGGAUGUUCUCCCUGCCGUCACCAGCAUCCAUCACAUUCCCUCUAUAAACCAGCAGUUUGACCUACCAAGGGCUUCCACACCAGGACUCCAUCUCCCCUUGGCCCUUUUUCUGUUGACUCUUCGCCACUUGAAGUGAGUCAGGUGCUCUUCAGGGAUCCUGUCCAAAUGUUUCUGAGGCUUCUCUAAAGUGCUGCUGGCUUCUCACCUAACCAAAGACUGAGCUGAAUGAUGUGUCUGCUUCAUCUCUCUAUCACCUAACUUCUUCCUAGAAAUGUAUUUUUACUUUUUAGGUGCAUAUUUUGCUCGUUGAAAUGUGUGAAUAUAUGAGUGAUGCAUUUUGUGGAACAAACAUAAGAGUCUUGUUACAUGUUCACCGCUUAUGUUGAAUACCUUUAGCACCUUACGAGAUGUUUGAUCCAGCUCCAGUGCUUUAAUGAACCUACAGAUCAUUAAUGUGUGUGUGUUGGACUGGAAGAGUCCACACAUGAGUUUUACAGAGGAGUGAUGUCACCGUUUUACUGAUGAAACGCCUUGAAUAUGAUGCAAAGUCUCACCAGGGAUUGAAGCCUCCGUCAUCAUGAAACAAAACAUCCCACGCACACUGAAACCAAUGCAACUCUUGCAGACUUAGCAGCUGUGUGACUCUUUAGCAGAAUACAGAAUGAUGCACACGUGUACAGCCGAGUCGCUGCAGCCGGACAGGGACUUUUUAAAUAGAAUCACAGGGCUAAACAUCUUCCAGUGAACACAAUAUCCAAAAUGCUGUCAUUUCAAAUGAAUGUAAAUGAAGUUUUUAUUGACAAAAUAUUUUUUAUUUUGCCACAAUAAUUCCACAAUGCUGUUUGUGUGAAUGUAGCCUGGACCAUACAAUAUUUCUUUUUCUUUUUUAUGAGUGUCCUGGCACAUGAGGUAGAAAUAUGGAAGCCUGUUACCACCCAGAAAUGAGACUCAAGAAUGUUAACAAAAAACACUUUCAACAAAAAAGAGAAUUAGCGAGGAUAACUUUUUUUACUUUUAUUGACCUAAAAAAAUAUUAAUCUUAGAUUCAGUCAAAAUUAUGACAUGUCUUUUUAAUUUAAUAUAAGUUGCUAAAUUUGCCUUCAAAUAUUUAUUUUAUUCUUAAUCUUGACUCAGAAUUUUGAUUUAUUAAGAGGUCAAAUUUUAUGUGAAACCAUUGACUGUAGUAACAUUUAUAAAUAUGUCUAUUCACAAAACAUUUAGAGGUUGACUUAAUUAUUUUUGUCAACAGAUUAGACAUAAUUGUAUGAUGUUAGUUGAAAGCAAUAAUAUUAGGUUGAAAGAAAAAAUAUCAACCUAAUAUCCAACUAACCUAAUACAAUUCCUUAUUUAAUUAAUUUAAAUAAGUUCAACUUUUUUUUUGUCUAGUCAUAACAAAUAUUGAGUUUCAUCGCCAUAUUUAGAGAUUUACCGUUUUAUUAAAAUGACUGACAGUAUCUCUUUUAAAAUAGAUCUUUAAGAGUCGGUGUUUUAUGAUCGGGACUUUCACGGGCAGGAAUGAACUUCCAUAUCUCAGUUUAGUCUGCGGUGUUUCCUUUUAGUCUGCUAUGACACAUGUAUUCAGAUAGUGUGUAGACGAAGCACAUGGAAGCGCAUUUCAGUAAAGCAUGCUAUGGGCUUUUUUCUAUGGCGUGGGGGGGGGGGUAACUAUUUGUACCUGCUCUGCAUGUCUCACAGCAUCAGAUGGGUCCUCUUAAAGCAAUAGAGCACAUGGGAUGACUAAUGAUGUCACGCUGUGUGUCUGUGUGGGUGAGGAUGUGAUCGGUAAAAUAAUGUUGGAUUGGUGUGUGUGUUUUUCUACAAGUGAUGCGUGUGUAUGCUCUGCUCAUGUCAUCAUGUGAUCUGAGAGGUUGAAGUGAGGGAUUAUGGGAAGCUGGGUGAACAUUAUUUAAACCACUUUUUAGCGCGUGGCUGUUGUAUUGUUUUCUGCUAUUUGACAAUGAAUUGCUCUGCACUUAC